AUGCUUCUCCUCAUCCUCCUCUACCACCUCUUCCAGCUCCUCCCUGUGCUCGCCGCCGGCUCCGAUCGAUCCUCGCCGCCGCCCAUCGCCCCACCCGCCGGCCGCGCCCUCCUUUCCCGAGGAGCAUCACUCGAACCCUUCGACUACCCUCCCUCUUCCUCUCUCUACCCCAUCCUCGGCCCGCCCUCCUUCUGGCGCGAAUCCUCCCUUCACACGCACUACCUCUCGACCCUUCAUCUCCGCUAUCAUCCCAUCCUAUACCCCACUCCACCGCCAUUUGCGGUCUGGCUCAAAGAACAGCAGCUCCUCCGCUCCAUCGCACUCCUCACCCAGACUAUCGAGCUGGAAACCUCCCGCAAGGCCCACUUCUCCGUCUUGCUUCAACACGAGAUGCAACUGGGCGAGCUCUCCGUCUUGUUGCGAUACACGCAGAUAGCUACCGCGCUGAGAUAUGCGAGUUUGGCACCCGAGUGGAGACGCUGGGAGGAAUCAAUGUAUAGGCAUUGGGGCGCAUUUUUGGCUGUUGGCCAGAGUGCGGCCGCGGAACGAGGGGGGGAAGAGGGGAGGUGGAGAGAGCAUUUGGCGUAUUUGGAGAGGUUGGGUGUCGCAAAGGUCGAGGAAGAGAGAAGAGCAGAGGAGAGGGAACGUACGGACGGACGAAGUGGGUGGAGAGGGGCGCCCGUGGGGCGGGGCGAUUUGGAGAGCAGCACGCCUAAGAGGUGGACUCACACGCCGCAAGUCGGGGCGAGUCCAGAAGUAGAGGGGAACGAUUUGAGGGCGCGACUGCAGAGCUCCACGCCGAGACGAUGGCAGGAGGCGCCCGAGUCGGCAUCGAGUGCGGCACACGACCUCGUCGAGGGCGUUCAAGAGGCGGUGCAGAGGGGGCCGCGUCAUGUCUAG